AUCGACGCUUUGUGAAGAAGGGUUGUUUUUUCUUUCAGCCAUGGCCCAGUGUCAAAACGCCAGUGACUGCUCCAAGCGCGAUUUCAAAGUCAGCAGGCGAAAAACUUUGAUCACAUUGGCUGAGCUGAUACCACUUGGGUUUGCCUCAUAUCGCACGCACCGUUCCUCUUGAAUCUACAUUACAUAAUGGUUGACUAUAGCCUCCCAUCCCAAUGCCAACUACUCGAGCAGAACUCCCAGCUCAAAGCUCUGAUGACCAUUAUCAGAGCGAAAGACACCUCACGAGCCGAUUUUAUCUUUUAUGCUGAUAGGAUCAUUCGCUUGUUGGUAGAAGAAGGUUUGAACCAUUUACCAGUUGUGGACAAAACCGUCAAAACUCCUACCGGGGCCGACUACAAUGGUAUUGAUUUCAAAGGUCGUAUUUGUGGAGUGUCAAUCAUGCGUGCUGGAGAAGCGAUGGAGCAAGGUUUACGAGAUUGUUGCCGUAGUGUCCGUAUUGGCAAAAUCUUGAUUCAGCGAGACGAAGAGACGCACCAGCCCAAGUUGUAUUACGCAAAGUUACCAAAGGACAUUGAAAGCCGCUACGUCCUGUUGCUGGACCCUAUGCUUGCAACGGGAGGAUCAGCCAUGCAGGCAGUACAAGUUCUUCUUGAUAACAAUGUUCGCGAGGACCGUAUCAUUUUCCUCAACUUGAUUUCUGCUCCAGAAGGUAUUGAUGCCUUUGUCAAGCGAUACCCUCAAAUUAAGAUCAUUACUGGCGAGAUCGAUGGUGGACUGGACGAUAACAAAUAUAUUGUCCCAGGCGUGGGAGAUUUUGGCUGCAGAUAUUUCGGUACGGAUUAGGGCUUUCUCGUAUAAAUUGUUGUUUUAAUGGGGCCACUCUAUCCCCCUUGUCAUGUAAAAUCAGCGUUCCUUGCCUACUCUUUUCUACUACUGGGAAAUUAUUCGAACCUGUAUUUCAGAGGCUCCAUAUUUUUGGCCUGUUUUCAAUCUUCCCUCAUGUCAUAUUAAAAGACUACUUUCGGUAAUCAGAUGCUCGAAGGCUGGGUCCGUAAACGUUCUCCGCGCUUUUCACAUUUAGGUCUCUCCCCCC